CACACAUGACAGGUUUCGACCUUUUCUAUCAAAAAGGCCCUGCCGAUCUUGGAACACCGACUGAUGUGAGGAUCAGUGAUUGUACUAAGUCGCCUUGUAUUUUGAAGAAAAAUACCAACGUCUCUAUCGAGGUUGACUUCACAGCAACUGCUGAUGUACAAACCGUAAAAGAUGCUGUGUAUGGCAUAAUCGCUGGCAUACAUGUUCCUUUCCCCACCAGCCAGCCUGAUGCCUGUAAAGACAAGGGUCUCACCUGUCCCCUAAAGAAGGGCCAGAAGUACACCUACAAAUCCGUCAUCCCAAUUUCAAGCACAUACCCAGACAUCCAAUUGGUGGUGGAAUAUACCAUUAAGAAUGAAGACAAAAAACCAGUAUUCUGUAUCGAUAUCCCAGCCAUGAUACAAUAAAAACCCAACUUGUUCAUUCCUGCUGUGAACGGGAAUGUCGUCCAAACGCAUGCGUCGUUUCUCACAACGGUCUGUUACCGUUGUUAACACAAAAAACUGGGAAUAAAAUAUAUCACAAGGAACUUA